CGUCGUUAAGGAAAGCGUAACGGACUGACCAAGUCUGCACGUCCACAGGCGCAUUCUCGCACCCUGCCUUCGCGUCCUCUGGACUCGUCCACUCGCUCUCCCACACGCUCUUUCUGUGACCUGCAGUCUCUGGACGCGCUCGUCUUCGCACUACCUCCACCCCGACUUUUUCUCAUCUACCACGUAUCGGGAUUCGGCUUUAUACAAGCACUGGAGACGAUGCGCAGCUCUACCUUGCUUGGAUACAUCUUAGCCUCGCUCGUCGUGCCUCUUGUGGCUGCGGGCCAUCUGAACCGUUUCAACCUCCAUCGCCGACACGAUGCACUUGCGCGCAACGCGACCUCGGGCCUCACGAAUUUGGCAAAGCGGCAGAGCUUUAGCGAUGCCCGGUUCACUUAUUAUGCCGUCGGUUUAGGUGCAUGUGGUCAGACUAACGUUCCUAGUGACUUUAUCGUUGCCCUAGACUCCAUUUUGUACGAUGCAUCCGAUGAGUGUUUCAAGUCCAUCACCAUCUCGUACGGUGGCAAGUCCACCACGGCUACGAUCAUGGACAGGUGCCCGGGCUGCCCAGAAGGCGGCUUGGACCUCUCCGAGGGCCUGUUUGAAUACUUCGCCGACACAGGCGAAGGUGUCAUCUACGGCGAGUGGUCGUACGCAGGGUCGAGCCCAGCGACGACCUCCUCAGACACACCCACCCCCACCUCCACAUACGUCGCGCCGACCACGUCCAGCACGUAUGUUCCACCGCCGACCACCUCCAGUACAUCGGCGUACACUCCGCCCACGACGUCGUCAACGUACACACCGCCGCCGACGAGCAGCAGCUCGACGCACGUCGACACGCCAUCGACGACUAGCUCCUCAAGUAGUAGCAGCAGCGUCGCAGAGGCCACCUCGAAGGCGGGCUCCUCGGCAGCGAGCAGCAGCGUGGCUGCGUCUAGCUCUGCGUCGUCCAGCGGCGCCUUGAUAUCUUUGGCGAUCAGUGCAAGCGCCACUCUUUCAGCUGAGUUGUCCCUCCCAAGCAGCACCGGCAACAGCACCAGCGGGGAUAUGCUCGAGCAGCUGAAUUUGGCGCUCAUUGGCAUGGCCGGGCUCAUCGCUGUGGGUGCGGAGGUGUCGGCGUGAGCGAGCGACGAGGGACGGCUCGGCGGCAGCGCCGUCGUAGCUGUUGAUGAAGUGCAUGAAAGCCGGCAACGGACAGACGGUGCCAUGGACACUAACAGGUAUACCACAAUUGCAACGCUACUAUUCUUCUAGUUUUCCCCCUUCUUCCUCAUGCAAUUGCUGUCUUCUCCUAAUGUUCCUCGCGCUCUGCAAUUAGUUAUUGUCUUAGCAGUUUCCGAUUGCGCGCUACUAUCUUUUGUUGUAAUAGUUGGUUCAGGUUUGUCGGGUGAUACAGGGUUGUACGCAUUUCGUACGUGCUCGGUGCAACGCAUUCACAUUCACUUCCCUCAUGUGGCUGUAUGACUCUCCUCAAGUUCUGUCGGGGUCAUUAUAUGGAAUUUGCCUGCACGGAGUUCCGUAGCCUACUGGAUGAACGCUACAAUGCUUCAG